GGAAAAGAAGUGUUAUUAUUGAUGCACGCCUUAAACACUCUUUCAACUCCAGAGGAGAAGCUGGCAGCUCUCUGUAAGAAAUAUGCUGAUCUUCUGGAGGAGAGCAGGAAUGUUCAGAAGCAAAUGAAGAUUCUGCAGAAGAAACAAGCCCAGAUCGUGAAAGAGAAAGUUCAGUUGCAGAGUGAACAUAGCAAAGCUGUCUUGGCAAGGAGCAAACUAGAGUCUCUUUGCAGGGAACUUCAGCGUCACAAUAGAACAUUAAAGGAAGAAAAUAUGCAGCAGGCACAGGAAGAGGAAGAGAAUCGUAAAGAAGCAACUGCACGUUUCCAGUUGACUUUAAAUGAGAUCCAAGCACAGCUGGAACAACAUGACAUACACAAUGCCAAACUCCGCCAGGAAAACACCGAACUGGGAGAGAAACUGAAGAGACUUGUUGAACAGUAUGCACUAAGAGAGGAGCAUAUUGAUAAAGUGUUCAAACAUAAGGACCUGCAGCAACAGCUUGUGGAUGCCAGGCUUCAGCAAACAACACAGCUCAUACAGGAAGCUGAUGAAAAACACCAAAGGGAGAAAGAAUUUUUAUUAAAAGAAGCAACAGCAUCGAGGCACAAAUAUGAAGAAAUGAAACAGCAAGAAGUACAAUUAAAACAGCAGCUUUCUCUUUAUAUGGAUAAGUUUGAAGAAUUCCAGAAUACCAUGGCAAAAAGCAAUGAACUCUUUACAACCUUCAGGCAGGAAAUGGAAAAGAUGACAAAGAAAAUUAAAAAACUGGAAAAAGAAAUGAUAAUAUGGCGUGCCAAAUGGGAAAAUAAUAAUAAAGUACUUCUGCAAAUGGCUGAAGAGAAAGCUGUCCGUGAUAAAGAGUACAAGGCCUUUCAGAUAAAACUGGAACGGUUGGAGAAGCUGUGUAGAGCUCUCCAAAUGGAAAGAAAUGAGCUCAGUGAGCAGGUGGAAGUCCUGAAAGAGCAGGUCACUGUAAAUGCAGUGAAUGUAGAUUUAGCUGCACCUCUGAUACGGUCCUGCACUGCUCUUGUUUCUCAGGAUGAGUUGAAGAGUUCCUCUAGUAAAGCUCCAGGAGUCUAUCUGGAUGCUGAGCUUGAGGGAGUAAAUGAAACAAAACACGGCUCCAAAACCCUCUCUACGUGAUCUCUUCUAGACACUGAUUCAGUUCACUAACAUGAAGUGUGAUCACUGUAUUGAGUGGUAUUUUGUGUAUAACUUUUCAGUGUUAGUUACUGUUGGUUUUGUGGUGAAUGCUCUUAACUUUUUCUAUUAUAUCUGUAUGUUUCAAGAACUAUUGGACUGUGUGAUACAGGAGGCUGCUAAGCAGUUUUGCAUUGUUUUAAUGUAUACACUUUCCACAGCUGUAUUGCACACCUGCCUUACCUUCCCCUUCCCUGGAAUACAUGUGUUCAUUGCCUAAUCCUUUCACUUUUUGUAUUCAUUUGCCUUAAUCCUGCCCCUUGUGUGAGUAUCACAAUUGAAAGUUGUUCCAAGAAUGGUUUCCCAAUGUGAAAACUAAUACUGAUUUAAACUCUGUAGCCCACUGAUACAAGAAGGAAGGAAGGAAAAAAGAAAGCUUAGUUUUGUCUAGUAGCUCAUUUAAAUGCCAUCUGAAAAUAAAGCUCAAGUGUGGGAUAAGACCUACGCAAAGCAAAUUGGAUAUAGAUUCGGUUAUUUAAUAAUAUUUUGGUCACUUACAAAUUGAGAUGAAUGCAAGAUUGUGGUUCAAUAUGUAUAUGUAGGUGUCAUUUGUAAAGAAAAUAGCAUAAGCAAGUGAUUGGACAAACAGGUUUCAUGCUUGAGUCACUAAAGAUAGUUCUACUGCUUCGGUUUCAGCUUAGAACACAUGUUGAAAGGGGCAAAAAAAAAAAAAAAUUAUCUAGUCCCCUGCCUUUACCAUGGCAAAAUUUCUGGAAUUUGUAAUUUUUCUCCUUUCUUUUUUUAUUUCAGUGUUCAACAGCUAGUCUUAUGUAUGUGUUCCUGUCAUAUUUAUGACCUAAAAUGGGUUGAAAAGUGAAAAUUACCUAAUAGGUAAAAUAGGCUGGGAUGUGAGGUACUUGUAAAUGUUCACCACUGACCAUGAUCAUUAAGGAAUAGACAGUGAGAGAAAAGAAAUUUACAUGACAUUUGACACUGCUAGUCUGCCAGGAUGAGGCAAAACCAGACACCACCCUCCCACAACUUUUUAAAAGCCCCUCCGUCAGGCUCCAAAGACCCACUACUUUGAGGGGGAAACGAAGGUUAUGUGUCACAAAUAUAAUUUACCUUAAAAAUAAUACUAAUGAUCAUAUCACAGCAGAACCCUGAUGCAAGUAAGGUCUUAUCAUUUUACUAAGGUAGUUAAGUGCCUCCUGCACUUCUUGGUGGUACUUGUUUUGCGUGGAGGUUAAAUCUUGGGCCAGAAGCAAUGUGGAUCAGAGCAUGUGCUCUACCAUUUUGUGUUAGAUACUGUGUAAAAUAAUAUAAGACAUUGACAAGAUCUGGAUUUUGCUUGGGAAGCAUUUGGUUUCCUCUCAGAAUUUUUUCCUCUGGUUAGCAAGAAAAAAGGUAGCUUAUGACAAGGAUUCCCUUCCAAGUAGCUUUGUAGUAUGUGCAGUAUGGACUAUAUGCUGGAACAGGAGUUGUCAAACCAUCUCUGUAUUGGCUAGAGCUGCUUUCAUACUACAACUCUUGAGUUGAGAAGGUCUUAAAAAUAUUUACUAACUGGCCUUUGUUUGUCAGCCUAUUUAAAAAACCUUGUGGCUGGCCCAGGAAAAGUUUAAAUGUUGCAAUCAGUUAAAUUAUGUUUGUUGUACCAUUUUGUGGAACCCUCUAGAGUUGCAAAAUCAAUAGUGUGAGUAGACUCCAAGGUGUAGAAGAAAACAUGGCUGUACAAAAAUACGCCAUUUCAUUUUCAUGUGUGUAGAAAAUACAUUUUGUGGUCGUGAGACCAGUAUUUUUAAAAUUAUAUAUUAACUGUCUUUUUCACACCUGGUUAUCACAGUUCAUCUCUCAGGUGUUAACAGAAACAUCUACCUCUUUCAAACUGUAACUGAAAAUACCCCCCAAAAAGGAUGCAGUACUAAAUAAACUGCUCUAUUUUUUCACUAAUAUCUUUCAUGAAGAUAGAGAAUUGAUGAAACAGCCAUAUUUUGCUUUUCAAAAACAUUUUGUAGAGAUUUUUUGCCAAUGUGAAUCUUAUUUUAUCUACUCUGUUAAGGUUGAAUAAAUAUGUGAUGGCU